AGGAAGUUUCUGGAAGAGGUUCGUAAUCAAUAGCUUCCUUUAUCUGGUGUGUUGUUGUGUCUGUGGAGGUUCACUCUGCCGCAGGCGAGAAAGGAGACGCAGCUCCUGUGUGUGUGUGUUAAGGACGGCCCACGGGGCGGAGCUUCCCUGCUUCCUUAUAUGGAGGCAGGCUGGUCACAUGGUCGAGCCGGUGUCAAAGAGAUAGGAGCAGAACUGAGAACUUCGAACCGCAACUCGAACAAGCCAGCGCAGAGGAGGAGAGGCAGAGGGUGAGACAGACAGAUAAGGAGACAGACAGACAUCUCGCAUGGUGAGAAAAUGCCCACCAACUUCACCGUGGUCCCCGUGGAUGAUGGCAGAAAGUCCUCUCAGGAAGACUCGGAUGACAACAACGCCCUGAAAGAGGAGGAUGAAGAAACCGUAGGUGAUGGAAACCCAAGGGAAAGCAGCCCCUUCAUCAAUAACACAGAUGAUAAUAAGGGAAAUCUAUAUGAUGGGAAAAACAUGGCACUUUUUGAGGAGGAGAUGGACAGCAAUCCCAUGGUAUCUUCACUUCUCAGCAAACUGGCCAACUACACGAACCUCACGCAGGGCGUCAGGGAACACGAGGAGGCCGACGAGGAUGAAGGUGCCAAGAAGCAGACAGUCAAGGUAACGGACUGUGAUGGAAACCCAAGGGAAAGCAGCCCCUUCAUCAAUAACACAGAUGAUAAUAAGGGAAAUCUAUAUGAUGGGAAAAACAUGGCACUUUUUGAGGAGGAGAUGGACAGCAAUCCCAUGGUAUCUUCACUUCUCAGCAAACUGGCCAACUACACGAACCUCACGCAGGGCGUCAGGGAACACGAGGAGGCCGACGAGGAUGAAGGUGCCAAGAAGCAGACAGUCAAGACUAUGUUGACAGCCAUAUCAAUGAGUGCCAUUGCUACGAACGGUGUUGUUCCAGCUGGAGGCUCGUACUACAUGAUCUCUCGCUCUCUGGGCCCGGAGUUCGGAGGCGCUGUGGGUCUGUGUUUCUAUCUGGGCACCACAUUCGCCGGUGCCAUGUACAUCCUCGGGACUAUCGAGAUCCUCUUGACGUACAUAGUGCCCAGCGCUGCCAUCUUUAAGGCGGAGGAGAAGGCGGAGGAGGCGGACGCUCUGCUGAAUAACAUGCGUGUGUACGGGACGUGCUGUCUGACGCUCAUGGCUCUCGUGGUGUUCGUCGGUGUGAAGUACGUCAAUAAGCUUGCGCUGGUCUUCCUGGCCUGUGUGGUGCUGUCCAUCCUGGCCAUCUACGCCGGGGUCAUCAAAACCAUCUUUGAACCUCCGGUUUUCCCGGUCUGUUUGUUGGGCAACCGCACCCUGCAGAACCACGGCUUUGACAAGUGCAUGAAGACAGAAAUAAUAGACAACGUGACCGUGACCACGAAGCUUUGGUCUCUGUUCUGUAAAGGACCGGAGCUCAACGCCAGCUGCAGUGAAUACUUCAGCCUCAAUAACGUCACGGAGAUCCAGGGCAUUCCCGGCCUCACCAGCGGAGUCAUUUCAGAGAACUUGUGGGGAAGCUACGGUCCCGCUGGCAUGCUGGUGGAGAAAGCUGUACCGUCGGUGCCGGCGAGCGACGCGGCUCAGGACAAAGACAUGCCGUACGUCGUCAAUGACAUCACCGCCUUCUUCACGCUGCUGGUGGGAAUCUACUUCCCCUCCGUCACGGGCAUCAUGGCUGGAUCCAACAGAUCCGGGGAUCUGAGAGACGCUCAGAAAAAGUUUGGAGACUCUGUUAAAGGGAAUUUGGUGAUUGGCACGUUGUCCUGGCCCUCUCCCUGGGUGAUCGUGAUUGGCUCGUUCUUCUCCUGCUGUGGGGCGGGGCUUCAGAGUCUCACCGGCGCCCCCCGGCUGCUGCAGGCCAUCGCGCGGGACGGCAUCGUGCCCUUCCUCCAGGUGUUUGGUCACGGGAAGGCCAACGGAGAGCCGACGUGGGCUCUUCUUCUGACGGCUGUGAUCUGUGAAUGCGGGAUUCUCAUCGCUUCUCUGGACGCUGUGGCGCCAAUCCUUUCCAUGUUCUUUCUCAUGUGUUAUCUGUUCGUGAAUCUGGCCUGUGCCCUGCAGACGCUGCUGAGGACGCCCAACUGGAGACCACGGUUCAAAUACUAUCUUACUGACCGUAAACUUUUAAAUAGUAGUGUGGCUCUUUCGUUUCUCGGCAUGAGUUUGUGUCUGGCUCUGAUGUUCAUUUCCUCCUGGUACUACGCUCUGGUGGCCAUGCUCAUCGCUGGAUGCAUCUACAAAUACAUCGAGUACCGCGGGGCAGAGAAGGAAUGGGGCGACGGGAUCCGCGGUCUGUCGCUCAACGCGGCGCGAUACGCUCUGAUUCGAUUGGAGGAGGCGCCGCCGCACACCAAAAACUGGAGGCCUCAGCUGCUGGUGCUGCUCAAUCUGGACUCUGAGCUGUCGGUGAAACACCCUCGUCUCCUGUCCUUCACCACGCAGCUGAAAGCAGGCAAAGGUCUGACCAUCGUGGGCUCGGUGCUGGAGGGCACGUACCUCACCAGAGAGAGCGACGGCAAAAGAGCAGAACAGAGCAUCAAAUCAGCCAUGGCGGCAGAGAAGACGAAGGGUUUCUGUCAUGUUGUGGUGUCGUCAAACCUGCGCGACGGCUUCUCUCACCUCAUCCAGUCAGCGGGACUCGGAGGAAUGAAGCACAACUCUGUUCUGAUGGCUUGGCCCGCGAGCUGGAGACAAUCCAACGACCCACAGUCCUGGAAGAACUUCAUAGAAACCGUCCGAGAGACCACUGCCGCCCAUCAGGCCCUGCUGGUGGCCAAGAACGUGGACAGUUUCCCUCACCAGGAGCGUCUCGCUGAAGGAACCAUCGACGUGUGGUGGAUCGUUCAUGACGGCGGCUUGUUGAUGCUCCUGCCGUUCUUACUGCAGCAGCACAAGGUCUGGAGGAAGUGCAAGAUGCGCAUUUUCACCGUGGCUCAGUUGGAUGACAACAGCAUCCAGAUGAAGAAAGACCUGCAGAUGUUCCUCUACCACCUCCGUCUGAAUGCUGAGGUGGAGGUCGUGGAAAUGCAUGACAGUGACAUCUCAGCGUUCACCUACGAGAAGACUCUGGUGAUGGAGCAGCGCUCACAGAUGCUGAAGCAGAUGCAGCUGUCGAGGACGGAGCGCGAGCGAGAGAUUCAGAGCAUCACGGAUGAGUCGCGUAGCUCCAUUCGGAGGAAGAACCAGAGCGGCGCUCACGGCUCGGCCGUCAAUAACCAGAACGCCCGACUAGAUGACGAUAAACAAGACGAGGCUCAGCUGAUCCACGACAGAAACACGGCGUCUCACGCGGCUCUAAGCGACAAGACGGACGCCACGCCGGAGCGAGUCCACAUGACCUGGACCAAAGACAAGUUCUGCACCGAACGAAACCGCAACCGAGAGCCCAACGCAAGCGUGGCUGUGCGAGACCUGUUCAACAUGAAACCCGAAUGGGAGAGUCUGAAUCAGUCUAAUGUGCGCUGCAUGCACACGGCCGUCAAACUCAAUGAAGUGGUGGUCAAUAAGUCUCAGGGAGCUCAUCUGGUGCUCCUCAACAUGCCCGGACCACCCAAGAGCAGAGGCGGCGAUGAAAACUACAUGGAGUUUCUGGAGGUUUUGAUGGAGGGUCUCAACCGGGUCCUGUUGGUGCGCGGCGGUGGUCGUGAAGUCAUCACCAUAUACUCAUAAAGCGGACUGUGGCAGGAAUUCAGGUUUUAUUUUCCCCAAAGCAAAACUGGACAUCAUGGAGACAGCUAGCGGCGUUACGUCUGGCUGCGUUCGUUAGAGGAAGAGACUCGACAUGAAGGAAACGAGACGAGCGAUGGCUCGAUUCAUAACACGACACUUUAAUUUAUGACUCUUACUGUUUUCUUUGGUUUGUUCGUACAAUCUGUGCUAGUUUUUAUGUCUGUUUAUUGUGCAACAUUGUUUGGUUUUUCCGAAGGCUGAAACGUUGAGUGAUAUUCAGCAGGUAAACAUUUGAGUUGCUAAUGCCUGUUUAAUAUUGAUUCAUUCGUCUCCAUUAUGAACCUGCAUUGCUUUUUUAUUUGCAUAUGCUAGCUACGAUUCAAAUCACUUGAUACCCAAAAUAACAUCUAGCUUCAGUGAACCAGGCCGCCAAAACAAGUGUGUGUGCUGUUUGGCAUAUCCAAGACGCAAAAACGCACUUUUUCCCAUAUCAAGGGAAUGUUUGAGUUUUUUACAUUUGGAUAAUUUGAACAAUAAUGCAGCGCAGAUGAUGAAUGUGUCGGAAGACGUUACUGACUUCGUGAUACGGAUUGUGCAAUAACUUUUAUUCAUUAUCAAGGCAUCACUAGCUGAACAUGUCGUCCACUUACUGAGGGUUUUAUAUUAUAAAAGUUUAAAUGUUUAACGCAAACAGCGUUCAAGGAGAAAAGCCAUAAUGUUAGGUCUCGGUAUUGAGUACUGAGGUUUUGUUUUGGCUCCAUCUCGGCAUGAAUCAGUGAAACCAGAUUAAUCAGGAUAUUUUCAGCUGUAUUUGCACUUUUUAUUAGAUUUUUUUUUUCUUUCGUAAAUUGUAUGAUGAAAGCACAGGGCACGGCUGGCCCAUCCAGCACAACAUUUGCUGAUGAUCAAAACCAGCACUGCAAAAUCUUUUUCUCUCAGCAAUAAAUGUGUUUUUCGAUGAGCUGGAAUGAAAUUUAAUCUCUGUCUUGAUGUUCAUGACGAUAUUGGGUUGCCCGGUAUGUUAAACAUGGAGAAUGCUUAAAGGGGUCAUAUGAUGCUUUUUUUAAAGCUCAUUAUUUUGUGUAUUUGGUGUAACAG